AUGGACGACUUCAUCGGCGGAUCAGGGUCGGCGGGACUCGAGCUGCCGACGAAAGGGUUCGAGGACGGCGCAGUGUACGAGGCAGGACACAGCGAGGAACCGGACGCACCCAUCUUCUCGCUCGGGCAGGUCCAGUUCACGCUCCCAUCCGCACUUCACUCCCUCUCCUGCACGAACAACGUCCUCGUCCUCGCCGUCACCGGUUCUCCCCCCACCUCCUCCUCAACCUCGUCCUCCUCGACUCGCCCCUCCCCUCCGCAACUAAUCCGGAUCGACCUCGACCACCCAACAGAAGUAGAGACGAUCGACAUCCCUGUCUCCCUUCCCGCUCCCUCGACCUCGCGCACAACCUCCGCCCCUCCUUCUCCCUCGUCGAACCUACACAAACUCCAUGUCGACCCGACAGGCCGCCACGUCGUCGUCUCGACCACCACGGGGGACAACUUCUAUGCCUUUGUCGGGGCGGACUUGCCCACUCCCUCUUCAGGCCAGCCACAAACGAGGAAAGCAAAGCCCUUGACGCGGUUGAAAGGCGCAAUCAUCGACUCGAUCGCUUGGUCGCCCUCUUCCUCUCCCUCUUCACCGUCCUCCGUCUCAGCCUUCUCGACGCGCGAGAUCCUCCUCGGGACAUCGACCGGCCAAAUACUCGGAACGACUCUCCUCGACCCGUCCCUCUCCUCUUCUUCAGGCGACCACUUCCUCCCGAUGCACGUCCCAGGCACAUCCUCUUCCCGCUCCCCCGAGCGGUACGUCAAACAGCUGCUCACCCUUCCCGAACGCCAGCCGAUAGAAGGCCUGAGGUACGAAGUUUGGAAUGGAAGGAGAGUGGCGGUGGUUGCGAGUACAAGGACGAGGGUGUAUCAGUUUGUUGGGACUGGCGGGGUGGGAGCCAGUGGGAAAGGUGGGAAGGAGGAGGAUGUGAGUGCGUUGUUGGAGGGGGUCUUGCACCCUUAUGCGACGGGCGAGGCUCGACCCAAAAUGCUCGAGCUUUCGGGCGAACCGACGACGUCCGAAUUGCACUUCUUUGCGCCGGGCAGGACGGAUCGCGAGGGUGUGGUGACCGGGUUGCAGUUGCCGAAGAGUAUGGCGUGGAUGACUGGCCCGGGCAUCUACCACGGCCAACUCGUCUUCCCCUCCGCCUCGUCCGACCUUCACCCAGGCGACGGAAUCAUCGACUCGGCCUCUCUCAUCCCCUAUCCCUCCUCUAGCGACGCGCACGAGCCCCCCGACCAGCCUAUUAGUAUGGCAUUGACCGAGUGGCAUUUCGUGUUGUUGUACGAGGACAGGGUAUGCGCGGUGGAUUUGUUGACGGACAAAAUCGUGUACAACGAAGCACUCGACCUCCCCCCCUCCUCCCGCCCCAUCCGUCUCUCCACCGACCCGCUCCGCAAAACAUGCUGGAUGCACACCGACUCGGCAAUCUACGAGCUCGUGAUUCGUGAUGAAGGGAGGGACGUGUGGAGGGUGUAUCUCGCGAGGGGGAAUUGGGAGAUGGCAAAGAGGUUUGCGAAGACUCAGCGCCAGCGCGACUCGGUCCUCGCAGCCGAAGCCGACUCGUACUUUUCGGCUGGUCGCUACAUCCAAUCCGCUCAAGCGUACGCGCAGUCGUCCAAGCCCUUCGAGGAAGUCGUCCUUCGCUUCGUCGACAAGGACGAACGGGACGCGCUGAGGUAUUUCUUGGUGGCCAAGUUGGAGAGAUUGAAGCGCAGUGACUCGACUCAAAGGAUGAUGCUAGCCACCUGGCUCGUCGAGAUCUACCUCGCCAAGAUCAACGAGCUCGAGGACCUCGCCGCUGCUGAGCGGGCGUCCGAGGAUGCGGACAAUUUUGUUGCGGAGAGAGGAAUGGUCGAGGAGGAUAUGAGGCAGUUCUUGGUCACGUACAAGGACAACCUCGACCACCGGACGACGUUCGACUUGCUCGACCGCCACGGACGCGACGACUUGUCGCUGUACUAUGCUUCUGUUAUCGGCGACCACGACCGGAUCGUCCAGCACCACGUUGCGCAGGAGGAGUGGGUCAAGGCUUUGCAGGCGCUGAGCAAGCAGGAGUCGCUAGACCUGUAUUACCGCUUCGCCGCGGUCCUCGUGCGGCACGCACCGAAAGAAACGGUCGACGCCUUCCUCCGCCAACCUCGUCUCGACGUUCGCCGCCUCAUCCCCGCACUCGCCUCACCGCGUCUCUUAUCCAGCGAUCAGAAGCCGCACGACCAUCUCAUCCGCUAUCUCCAACACGUCGUCCUCGAGCAGCGCAACACCGACCCCGCGGUUCACAACACGCUCAUCACGCUCUUCGCGACGAGUCCGUCGACGGACGAGGCAGUCUUUGUCAGUUUCCUCGAGUCGUCGCCUACGAACCCCCUCACAGGCGACCCGUACUACGACCUCGACUACGCCCUCCGCCUCUGCCGGACACACAAGCGCGUCCAAGCCUGCGUGUUGAUCUACUCCAAGAUGCGCAUGUACGAAUCGAGCGUCGACCUCGCGCUUGAGAGGGACGACCUCGAGUUGGCCAAGAUUUGCGCGGACAAGCCUGAGGACGACGACUUGUUGCGCAAGAAGCUUUGUCUCAAGAUUGCCAAGCAUGUCGUCGGCAAGAAGAACGACAUCAAGACCGCCAUGCAGUUCCUCGAGUCGACCAGCCUGCUCAAGAUCGAGGACAUUCUGCCAUUCUUCCCCGACUUCGUCGUCAUCGACGACUUCAAGGAAGAGAUCUGCUCGGCGCUCGAGGACUACUCGGCGCAUAUCGAGAAGCUCAAGGAGGACAUGAACGAGGCGACGCGCUCGGCCGAGGCGAUCAAGGCCGACAUUGCCGAGCUCGAGAAUCGCUUUGUCGUCGUCGAUGCGAACGAGAAGUGCGGGGCUUGCGCGCAGCAACUGCUCACGAGGCAGUUCUAUGUCUUCCCGUGCCAGCACUGCUUCCACGCCGACUGCCUCAUCCAAGAGGUUACCAAGUCGCUCACGCCGACUCAGCUGCGGCGCAUGCUCGACCUGCAAUCGAAAGUCGCCCCUUCCUCCCGCCGACCGCACACCACCUCUCGCUCACGCACCCUCCUCGACGACACCUCCUCACAAGGUCUCAAGCUCGCCGCCGCGUCCGUUCAAGCCGUCGACCAGCUGCGGAAACUCGUCCUCCCCGAUGCGCUCAUGUCUGCGAUCGGAGGCGCGAUUCCCCUCCCGUCUGGCACGGUGCAGAAGGUGCGAUCAUCGUUCGCGGGCGCGCCGACGUCGUCGAGAAGAAGUAGGGAUUUGCAGCAGGGGAGGGGGGAGAAGGUGCCGAGUGCGAGGGAGGUCAAGGAGGAGCAGGAGAAGGAGGCGCUGAGACGGCAGCUUGACGAUCUGAUCGCGAGCGAGUGCGUCUUGUGCGAGGGAGCGAUCAGGAACGUCGAUAAGGGGUUUGUCGAGGACGGCGAGGAGAUGUAG